AUGGCAGCUCUUCAACUCUUGGAUCACCUUUAUGAGCUUGCUUUAGUUUUGAUUGUCCUGUACUUUUCAGGAUACGUGAUCUAUCAAAGAUGGCUUCAUCCUCUCGCCAAGUACCCCGGCCCUUUUCUCGCCUCGCUCACCGACCUGUGGCAGGUGCACCAGUUCAUGACUUUAAAGCAACCAUACACGCUCACUGACUUGCACGAGAAACAUGGCUCUGUUGUGCGCUACGGCCCCGACAAAUUGAGCAUAACCAGCGAAGAAGCCAUCAAAUCGAUCUACCAGAGCGGGGCUCGUUACAUGCCCAAAACGGAGUUUUACGAUGCAUACGGAGCGGCACAUCCGAAUGUAUUUGGAAUGCGCGACGAAAAUAAAGCCCUGCACUACUAUGUCAUCGAUACACUGGGGGAACUAGCGUUCAGCCAAACAUUCGGCGUGCAGGAGUCUAAUGACGAAACUCGCGUUCCACCAGUCAUCGAGCACAGUUUGUUGGCAGCAGUCACCGGUGCUUGGCCGAUGAUGACUGCGCGACUGAAGAGAUGGCUCCCGCUGAUCCCACACAAAGGCCUGCAAGCACUGUUCGAGGGCCGAAAAGCUUGUGCGAAUCUUGCUUCUCAAUGUGUCAAUGCUCGGUUGAACUCCAUCAGAUCAACAGAUGCAUCAAGCAGUGGCUCCACGGACAGGAAGGAUAUCCUCACUAAUUUGAUCCUGGCGAAACACCCUGACACGGGAGAGUCUCUGUCUCGGACUGAUCUCGAAACCGAGGCAUUUGGCUUCAUCAUUGCGGGGACUCAUACUACCAGCGCAACAACGGCAUUACUUUUCUAUCACUUACUUCACCACCCAAACCUCAUGGCACAAUGCGUGUCAGAGAUUGACGAAAAGCUUCCAAUUCUUCAGCCCCAUGAAAGCGCCUAUCCGGUUUCAAUGGUGGAAACAUCCCUUCCGUACUUGCGAAACUGCAUGAAGGAAAAUUUCCGCAUCACUCCAGUGUUCACGAUGCCUUUGGCGCGCAAAGUCUUGAUGCCUCAAGGGAUUGAUAUUGCUGGGAACCAUAUUCCCUACGCGACUUCUAUUGCUGUCUGCAACCAUGCCUUCCACCACAACCCAGAGAUCUGGGGAUCUGAUCAUAACAUUUUCGAUCCAUCCCGAUGGGAAGGUAUUGAAAUUGCGGGCAAGUCUAAGUUGUUGAUGCAUUUUGGCCUUGGUGGUCGACAGUGUAUCGGCAAGACUGUAGCUAUGACCAACAUUUACAAGUUGAUGAGCACGCUGUUAAGUGAAUUUGAAUUUGAGCUGGCGGAUGAGAAUGAAAGGGCUCUUGCGAAGAACAAUGGAUUUGUCGGACAGAUUCCAGAAUUGAUAAGUGUGGGAAUCAGUGAUCUAGCGCGACCUUUGCUGGUGAAGGUUCAGAAGCGAGAUCGGGUUGCUGCCCACUAG